CCUUCUCAAUGAGCUCAAUUCCUGCUUCUACGUAGCCAGUGAUAGUUGCUUAUUAUAGUUUCCUACUCGGAAUGAGCUAUUGAUGAGACCUGGACGGCGAAGCCAUGGCUAAAACCAAGUGGAAUCUUCUGUUCGCAACCUUUGUCUUGUCCUGCCUAUCACUGGCUACCCUAAUCGUAUCGCUGUGCACACCUUACUGGGUCGUUUCCGAAGCCUACGAGCUUAGGGCUUCCAAGAAUAGUGAAGUGCAGUAUGGACUCUUUACUGGAUCGGUCAAGAGAACUGUUUUGCUCAGCCCAGUGUUCUUCGAUCUGACAGUCAUCUGUUUGUACGAACAAAAUGCUUGCGUCUACAGCUGCCAGAAAGAAGAGCAGAAACGGGAGUCAGAAUUACUGGAUAUGAUGUACGGCCGGACGCCUCCGGAGUGUCCACCAGUUAUUUCAAGAGCUACACCGACAACGAGCACAUCAAACGUAUCCGGUACUUCGAAGGCUGCUUCGAAAGAUGAUUUCAUCAAUGCCGGUCUGUGGUUGACCACGGUCAUCUUUCUAGGCAUAGCAACCGCGUUUGCCGGAGCAGCCGUUAGCUUUUCCAUCAUUAACGUGUUAUUCAACCCGGUGGAGCCAAUUUUCAGCGUGUUUGGAUUGUACAUCUGGAAUGGAGUUGUAAUGGGUGCCACACUAAUGACCAUGGUCCUGUGGGGAGCUCUCUAUGGUUCACAGCUAAGUGACAACAUAGGCAUUACCGAUACGCUAACUCCGGUGGCACCGUACAGUUCGGCUGGAUUAGCCUCGCUUGGAACCAGCUAUUGGAUACUGUUUCUGCCCAUGCUUUUCCACGGUGCAAAUAUUGGUCUACUGCUUUGGAGACAGUACACGAUUAACAGGGAACCACCACCGACGACGAUCGAUCUGGAUAAGUCUGAUCUACCAUCAUUAUGUUUUAGUGUUGCAUUGAGAGUGUACAUACAAUAAGUGAUCGUACAAUAAAGAGAUGUGCUAAGAUUAUGCACGUAACAA